AUGCAGUUACUUCAGUUACUUCAGAUCGUCUUGUUCGCGAUCGCCGGUUCAGCGAUAGCGAUACCGGUCUCCCCUAGAGCCCUGCCUGCUCCAGUAGACGGUAAGGAGGCCCGGAGGCUCUUAUCCCAACUCACCGUGGCUGUCGACGUGAACAACCCAACGUAUGAUCGAAAGUACUUUAAGCAUUGGGUUACAGGUGAGGAACGUAUGCUCUCCGCCGAUCAUGUUUAUUCACUCGUUCAAUCCUCUCAAGUCGACGGAAAUUGCACUGCUCGUCAAUAUGUUCUCAAGCGAGAUGGAACAUCUGUUGUCACUGAUAGCAAGUGCAAUGCACUAUCGGGAACCUGGCUCUCCGUCUAUGAUGACAUCUCCAUAACCGAUCCUAGCAAGAUUGACAUAGAUCACAUUGUGCCCUUGAAAGAGGCCUGGGUAUCUGGUGCUCGACACUGGAACGAUCAGAAAAGGGAGGCUUUUGCAAAUGACAUCAAACUCCCCCAGCUUGUAGCUGCUUCCCAGCGUUCCAACAGAGCCAAAGGAGAUAAAGGCAAGCCUCCCACUUGUUAA